UAGACAUUGAUUUUAAUAUCAAUGCCGGUAUAUAAACUUUUGCAUGUUAAAGAUACUGAAAAAAUAAAAAGUACCGAAAUGGCAUCAAGCGACCAAGCAACAAUUUUCAUCAAAAUAAACAACUGCUAUGAUACCGAGUGAAAAAUGCUUACUUUUUUUGUUUGGCUGGUUUUUGUUUCUAUAAAAUUAGUCGAUGGGUACAUAUGUGACCUUCAACCAGGAAUCUCGAAAUGUGAUGUCCAAGGAGUUUCAGAAUGUGACCUUCAACGAAGAGUUUCAGUCAUCAUUGAUUCUACGGCUGAAAUUUCAAACAAAGAUUUCGAUAUUCAGAUUGAAAUUGUUAAACUACUUUUUCCAAAAUUUAAUAUUGGUAGACUUUUGUUUAGUGCUCAGGUGUAUUAUGAUAAAUGUUCAGAAUUACCAUCAGCGUAUGAAGAAGGUUUUUAUAAAAUAAAAACAGACUUUCAAUCUAGAAUUAGUUUGUUGCAGUAUCGUAAAUCAGACGCUAAAUUCAAUUUAAAUUGCUCUCUUCAAAUUUAUGAAAAUAUUGAAAAUUUAUUACCUGUAAGUUCAUCAGAAAAUUUUGGAAUAAUUUUAACUAAGCAUGUAAAAAUUCCUGAGAGUGCAAUAUAUGAUGGUAUCUACUACACUGCUCUACUAUAUAAGUCACCAAGAGAACCCUUUUUAAGACAGAUCUCAAAAAAAUCAUCUGAUAUUCCAGUUCUUAUUACAGAGUUAAUGGACAGUAUUUGCCCUAAAACUACUACAGAUUUAAUAAAAAUAAUUUUUUCUACAACAGCUUUAAAGCAAGAAUUUUCAGAAUUGGAAUUAGCUAAAAGCACUAUAAAUUUGAAAGCUGAAUCUUUAUUGAGACAUUAUGAUACUUUGACAUCUACAUUUAAAGAAAAUAAACAUUCCGAAGCAACCUUAAUCCUCAAAAGUUCUUUUGAAAAAAGAAUUACAUAUUCAAUUAAUACACACUCAGUUUCAGAAUUCAACUCAACUGAAAUUUUUUUGCUAAAUUCAUUAUUUCCAAAUUUUUCUUCUUACCUACAACCAGGUAGCACAAUUUUAGAUCGGCCUUUAUUAACCACAAUGUUGGAUUCAUCAUUAUUAAACAGUGUUUAUGAAAAAAAACCAAUUAAUAAAACAAAUAACCAAGAAUUAUUUGAAACAAUAAAAGACUUGUAUCAAACAAUUUUUAAAUCCUCAACAAUAAUUCGAUUCAAACAAAUUUUAGCAACUAGUUUAUAUCCCAGUAAUUCAAAAAAUAUGGAAAGUAAAAACCAGACUGAUUUGUUUUCUUUAAAUACUGAUUUUCAAAGAUACAACAAAUUAGUUACUCAAACCAUGUAUAAACAAACUGUUGAUACUAGUGAAAUGAUUACUAAUGAAGAUAGUAGCACUAUGGUAUUUGAGGUUGACAGUCAUAUUGAUUUAUCUUCAUUCCAAAUGUAUGCAUCAACUUACUCUCUUAUGUUUACAUCAACCCUCAAUCAAAUAUAUAAAUCUUCCUUUUCAUAUUCACCAAGCUUCUCUCAAAUAUUUACAAAACAUUCUUAUAUUCAAAAUACUGAUAAUAUUGAGACGCCUUUGUUUACUAAUUCAAAAAUUUUAAUGAAUACAGAUAGCCCACAGAUAAUCUUCUCUCAGAUGUACACAGAAUAUUUUGGUACUAAAAAUACUGAUAAUAAAAAAACACCUUUGCUUACCAGUUUUUCAUUUUUUUCAAGUAGUUUUGUAAGUUCAAAUGUCUUAAGCUCGUCCUUUUCUCAGACAUAUACAAUAUUUUCUGAUGAUAAAAAUAUUGAAAGUUCAAAAACAGUUUUGUUUACAAGUUUUUUAAUGUAUUCAAGUGUUUUACUAAACUCUGAAACCACACCCAAAAUUCAAAGCACUACUGAGUGGCUUCAAAUUUCCCCAAUAAAUUAUGUUAGUAAACUGGAAAAAAGUUCAAUUCAAAGCAUAAACAGUUUUUCAUUGCCUAUUACUUCAACAAUAAAUCCUUCUUUUUCUACAAAAAAAUAUGCUUUUUCUCAAGAUUUUUCAACUAGAAGAAAUCAAUCAUACAUUAAUAAACUAUUUACAACAAAGUCCACUAUUAAUUUGACAGUAAGCUCUUCAGCCAUGUUAGAAAAUAUUGUCUGGAAAAAUGUUUUCAUAAAGAAAAUCAAUGAUUUCAUAGAAAGAAAGGCCACAAUUUUGCAGCUACAAGAUCAAGAUUGGAUCCAUGAAUUUGUUAAGAAUGCUUCAACAAUACUUACAGAUGUUGGAAAUUUUAAUAAUACAGAGAUUAUUAAUGAAUCAAAUGAGUUGAUUGAAUAUAUUGAAGAUGUUUUGAUGUCAAUAGGAACAAAUUUUCCUAUAGGAAGCAAUUUGACUUAUGAAACAAAUGAAAUAGCAUUUGAGAUAAGCUUAGUGAAACCUGCUUUAUUCGCAGGAUACAUCUUUAAGAGGAAAAAUGAAACCCUUCAAUUACCUUAUGAUCUUUUCCACAAUUUAUCAGCAGAUAAAAUAGUAAUUGUAGCAAUGACAUACAAACGACUUCCAUCUAUGAUUAGCAAAAGAGAAAACAUCUGGUAUAAUGAGCAAGUAAUCUCAAUAUCCACAAGCGCUCUUAUUCAAACACCUUUUAAAACACCAUUGUUUUAUAAACUGCAGAUUGAAGGGGAAAAAUGGACAGACUUUCUCUGUGUUUACUGGAACAAAAGUGACUGGAGUUCAAAUGGUUGUGAAUUAUCUCAAAUUAACCAUACACUUGUUAGUUGUCAAUGUAAUCACAUGACAUCAUUUUCUAUUUUGUUACAAAUCAAAAGUCAUGAGGUUUCAAAAACAAAUCAAUUUAUUUUGAGUAUGAUUACUUAUAUUGGUUGUGGAGCUUCCAUUAUUGGUUGUUUGUCUCUUAUACUCAUAUACUUGAUGUGUGGUCGAUUAGCUAUAAUUGAUCGAAAUAUUGUGCACAUCAAUCUUGCUAUUGCCAUUACACUAUCUAACAGUUUGUUUUUAACUGCAGAUUCUGUUUUUAAGUACAAGAGCAUAUGUUUGGCUGUUUCACUUGCUUUAUUGUACAGUUUUUUAGCAACAUUUUUUUGGAUGCUGGUUGAAGGAAUUCAUGUUUAUCUCAUGGUAGUUAUAGUAUUUAAAAGUACUAGAAGGUUGACAGUCUACAUGAUAAUUGGAUGGGUAUUACCAGCAUUAAUUGUUGCACUAGCUGGUGUCAAGUUUCACAAACAGCUUGUUCGUCAAGACUUUUGUUGGUUGUCAACAGAAAACCACAUGAUAUGGUUUUUUGCUGCACCUUCUUUGUUGAUUAUGAUUAUAAACAGUGUGAUUCUAACAUCAACGUUAAAAGCAUCUUUAAAAAUGACUGUUGAACCCGGUGAGUUUAAAAGACUUAGGAAAAUGGCUCGACUAACUUUGUUACUAAUGCCUAUAUUUGGAUUAACAUGGGUUUUUGGUUUAUUAGCUAUCAACCAACAAACUAUUAUAUUCCAGUACAUUUUUACUGCAACCAAUUCAUUUCAAGGUCUGUUCAUCUUCAUAUGCUAUUGUUUAUUGAACAACGAAGUUAAAAGAGAGUAUGUACAAGUUAAACAAAGAUCAAUUAAUUAUCUUUCCUCAAAAUCAACUGGUACAACAGAUGUAGGGUUUUCUUCUAACAUUCAUCCUCAUCAGCGUUGGCGUUUCAAAGACGCACUAUCCAUCAGUGAUUCAACAUCAGUUAAAUUGACAAAAUUUAAAUCAAUUCAAUCGACACCUUACUACCAAGAAUGUAAGGAUACUGAUAUACCAGAGAGUAUCACGGAAGCACUUUACAAAAAGUCAAAAAACUAUUCUAUUGAACUAUUAAAGUUAUCUCAAAAUGACGACCGUGUUUCUGUCGACAGCAACGAUCCUAUUUUGUCGCCGAAUACUUGCAAAACAGUUGGCUCUUUACAAAAUGAGCCUUUAGAAAUAAAUAAUAAAUCAAUGAGACAAAAAACGUUUUAUUCAGUUAUGAAAGCUUAUCAAUUUUAAGAUUUAUGAAGAACGAAUUUACGUUUACAUAAAUGAAUACUUUUUAAUUAUAAGCUUUUGCUUGAUUUUUUUAAUUAUAUUUAAUUAUAC